GCGAGGCGGAGUCGGCGGCUCUUCUUCCCAGCGCUGCUGUUCCGCUCCGGGUCUUGCGGGCGCCCUCCCUCGCCAGCUGUUGAGCGCAUCUGGCCUGCCGCCUUCUCCCCGCGCAGCAGCAGCAAGAGCAGCGGCCGCUCUCAUGUCUGAGGAAGGCGCUGCCGUGGGCGAUGCCGCCUCUCCGCCGCCCGGCGCCGCGGCGUCGCCUCCCUCCGCUCCCGCAGAGGAGCAGCCGGUGGCGGCGGCCGGCGAGGAGGGCAAGGCUGGCGGGGAGGCGCCGGCGGCGGAGGGGCGCCGAUACCGGGCGCUGGUGCUGACGGGCUUCGGCGGCUACGAGAAGGUGAAGCUGCAGACACGGCAGUUGCCCGGCGCCCAGCCCAGCCCGGCGGCCGGCCAGGUGAGCGUGCAGGUGCGCGCCUGCGGGCUCAACUUCGCCGACCUGCUGGCCCGCCAGGGCCUCUACGAGCGCCUCCCGCCGCCGCCCGUCAGCCCCGGCAUGGAGGCGGCAGGCACCGUCGUGGCCGCCGGCGAGGGCGUCGCCAGCCCGAAGGUAGGCGAUAAAGUGAUGGUAUUGGCCAGAUCAGGGCUCUGGCAGGAAGUGGUGACCGUUCCAGCCAACCAGACAUUCCUCAUGCCAGAAGGGAUGAGCUUUGAGGAAGCUGCUGCCUUCCUGGUCAAUUAUAUCACAGCCUACAUGGUCCUCUUUGAUUUUGGCAAUUUGCGAUCCAACCAGAGUGUCCUUGUCCACAUGGCAGCAGGUGGGGUGGGAACUGCUGCAGUCCAACUCUGCCAAACAGUGGAAAAUGUCACCAUUUUUGGCACAGCCUCUGCCUCCAAGCAUGAUGCGCUCAGGGAGAAUGGGGUCACCCAUCCCAUUGAUUACCGGACAGCUGAUUAUGUGGAGGAAGUCCGAAAAAUCUCUCCAAAAGGUGUAGAUGUUGUCUUGGACCCCUUGGGGGGAUCAGAUACCACAAAAGGCUUUAACCUUCUGAAGCCCAUGGGCAAACUGGUCACCUAUGGGGUCGCCAACUUGCUAACUGGGCAGAGGAAGAACCUGAUGGCCAUGGCAAAGACCUGGUGGAACCAGUUCAGCAUCAACGCCUUGCAGCUGCUUCACCUCAACAAGGCUGUUUGUGGCUACCACCUGGGCUAUCUGGAUGAAGAAGUGGAGCUCAUAAGCAGUGUGGUGACCAAGCUCAUUGCCCUCUACAGCCAAGGCAAAAUCAAGCCCAAGGUGGACUCCGUCUGGCCCUUUGAACAGGUGGUGGAUGCCAUGAAGCGGAUGCAAGAGAAGAAGAACAUUGGGAAAGUGGUACUGGUUCCCGAAGCGCCGCAAAAGGAUGAAAGCAAGACAACAGAGAACUGAAGUGGAGAGAGAGAGAGAGAGAGAAUGUGUGUGUGUCUGUCCUCAGCCCCUGUUUUUGUUUCAGCCCCUCCCCCUCCGAUUCUGACUCUGAGGGAAGUGGGAAUGGACAAAUCUGUCACUGCUGUCAGUGGGAUAAGUGACAGGAUUGGUCAGCAAAGGUCAGCUGGUAGUCUUAAAAAUGACGCAAGCUUUUGAUUUUCGCAUGACUCUUCAUUGGGUGAAACUCAGAAGAAGAUUGCGUUAUUUUUAUAAACUAAAAGUCUUUGUUUCCCCUGCGUCUCCCUUCCUGUAAUUCCAAUACUUUUGCUCAGUUAAGGGGCAAAAAGGCACCAUUUGAACAAAGGGUAGGGAGGGAGAGACCAGUAAAAUUUCCCCGUAUUUCUGGAUGUUUUUAUUUUCUCUGUUGCUCACACACGCCCCUCUACAUUUCCACCCUCGGGCAUCUUCCCUCUCCCUCCCAACAGGCUCCCUUAGCGACUAAUGACUUUACGGCACCUGUGACUCCCAUUGUUCCAGCCACCAUUGACUGUUUCCAUAGAAACCAAACCUGCCACUUCUGAGGGGCAUGUGUAAUGCACGGAACAUGCCAGAUGGUUGCAGUUCAGCUGUGCAAGAGAAGAACAGGAAGCUGAGAGGGAGCGGAGGGUGUCUCUGCUGCCUCAAGACACACCAUUGGGGCGGCCGCGCCCCCAGCCCAUUCUCUCUGACCUGUUAAGUGCUCACAGGCCUAAAGUCAACCCCAGCCUAUAUGUUGUGUGUGUGAAGUGCCCUCAAGUCAUAGCUGACAUAUGGCAACACCUGGUGGGGUUUUCGUAGCAAGAGACUAUCAGAGGUGGUUUUCCAUUGCCUGCCUCUGCAACCCUGGUCUUUGUUGGAGGUCUCCCAUCCAAUUACUAACCAAGGCUGACCCUGCUUAGCUUCUGAAAUCUGACAAGAUCAGUCUCACUUAGGCUAUCCAGGUCAGGGCACCUACAUAUUGAGCCGUUUUAAAAUGCAUUUAAUUGUCACGGCUUUCAACCAAAGAGCCGUGGGAAUUGCUGCUGUUGGCAGUUCUUUCUUUCUUACAUUCAGAUCCCACCGUCCUCACAUUCCUUCUUGGGGAGAAUUUUGGAAACUUCCUCCUGCCUCAACAGGCAGUGCAGGCUCAUCCUUAACCCUGCCAAAGAGUCAGCUGGUUGAUGGGGUGGCCUGAUCAUCUCAAAACUGGGUUGUUGCUGGCAAACUUGGCUUUCUUUUUUGGCAUGCCUGGUGGCACCUGACCUAUGCCACCCCGAGUACCAGUUUUCUCUGAAGCCCAAACUCUGUAGCUGUGUCUUGGUUCUUGUGAGAUAUGCAUGCUGUGUUUUGUGCUUGAGAGUGUGUGAGCAACUGACUAGCCAUUGCCUUUGGGUCUGCAGUGUUGGGGUGAGGAGGAUGUUAGCAGUUCUCAAGCAGAAGGCCACCCCUUGGGUGUGCAUACAAAGUGUCUUCUUUUGCUGUGGGAAUCGGAGGAUACAUCGUCUCAAAAGGUGUGCCAAAAAGCUCCUCUGCCAUGACAGCAGUUCUGCAGCACCCCUUUCUGUCUAGCUUCUUGCUUCUCUGGGCCCCGAGCCCUUCCUUGAAAAUCCAGGCCCCUUUCCCCAUUCUAGCCAAUCUUUUAAACCUUUUCAGGUCUCCGGCUGCAGGGCUAUACUGAGCCUCCAGGUCUCCCCUUGCCUUCAUGAUUUUUCCAAAUGGCAGAGGCAGCACGAAGUCUUUUCUUGGGACAGCAGGGAAGAGGGUGGUGGAGAAACCUAUGCAUUUCUGGCCUUCUUCUCCCCAAGAAGUCUUCGAUGGGGAAGGGCAAAGACUCCCUUGAGCAACUUAGAAGGCAGAGGCCAACUUCGGCCAUUAUUUGAAGGGAACCUCCAUGAGAUAGCCCUUGUUCACUCCAUCCUUUGCCAUCUGAGGGUUUUUUGUUUGUUUGUUUCAUCAGGUUGCCUUACAAGGGCCCUGAGGCAGCUUUACAGGGGUGCUUCGGAUCUUUGUGUGCACUUCAGAUCCUGCAAAAGACUCCCCUUGCCUUCAGCAUGCAGCUGUUUUGGGGCCUAGCUCCAGUCGCUAAGGCAGAUGCCUUUUUGAAGCAUGGUUUGGGCUUCUCGCAUGUGCAGCAAAUGAGUCUUGAGGGAACUUUGGGAAGGGGUGUCUUUGGUCCAGGUAGUUUGUGAGAAAAGCUCCUUGGUCUGACAGAAGGCCAGCAGAGCCAGAUUGGUUGGGCAGAUUGGCUCUGAGCAAUUCCUAGCAAAGCCUUUGUCAAAGUGCUGUUUUUCUUGGGUUAUUCUGGGGGUUUCUUGUCAUUCACUGUAGCUGACGCUGCAGACGUUGGGAAACUGCCCGUUUUCAGCUGGUGCAAAGUGAGGUUUCCAUUGUAUAGAUCAGUUACCCAAAGAAUUCUUGAACCCGCCCUGUGAAUAUUCUGAGCGGUUUAGAACUAAUUCCUAAAGUCUUAACAGUUCAUUCCCAUGCACAGCUAGUCCAGUCUAAGCCCAUUGACUUCAAUGAGCUUAGACUGGAAUAACUCUGCAUAGGAUUGCAUUGUAAAUCUGGGAUCGGCUAGAAGGCGACCCACUGUUCUCUGGCAGAGCAUAUGGUUUGCACAUGGAAGGUGCCAAGUUUGAAUGGUAAUCAUUGUGGAAAAGCUCUUGGCUGGCACAGCUAUGAAAAAUGCUGCUAUUAUUAGGCUACCUGGAGAGAUGGUCUGCCUCUGAAUUGAGGCAUCUGCAUACUUGCACUUUCCUCCUUCUAGCCUCCUCCAAAUUAGCUCUCCUACCUUGGCCCAAGAAUUUGGAUCCUGCUCUAUUAUGUUCUGAGGAGUAUCAGGUUGCCAAGUGUCAAACUUUUUAUAGCUUUCUCUCCUCAAGACAAUGUCCUCAGGUUUUACAGACCCACCCUGCUUGGCCCAAGAAGCUGGAGUUUCCCCAGGUCUGCCUUGCCAUAAAGCCAGAGUGCUCAUUUUCUGCCACAAGUGUCCCAUGGGCUGACAGAAGGGUGCACAUCACCAGGAUUCCACGUGGGAGAUCUUCCUAGACUUGCCUUGAUUUGUCCUCUUGGCAGUUGCCUGAUGCCUUAUUCUGGAUGGCACUCCAAAACUUUUGUAGCCUGAUCAUCCGGGGUUUUUGUCCUUGAUACUACAAAGAGGAGCCUUGUCUUUGGGGAGACCUUUGUCAGCUGCCGCAUUGUCUCACAAGUGCCCCCUCCAAUUUUCCAGUGCCUUGUUCCCAACAGAAUUAGAUAGAUCCAAUCCAAGAAGCCUUUUUUUAAAGAAAUCUGGCUUGUUUAAAAAAUUGCCAAAAAAUAAGGGCAGCACCGAGAAACACAACAGUCCAUGGUGGUGUUUCUCACAAGCGGCGGGGAAGCCAGCACAGCAUGGCACUUCUUGCUGCAAGUGUGUAUCUUUGAACACUAACCGGGACUAACUGGUCCCUGCAGUUCAGCAUAUGGAAAACUGUUGCUGAGAAAGCUUUAUUGGGUGUUGUGGCAAGAUUUCCUUAAUGUAUUCAAAAAAGCUAUAUUUUAAAGGCGGUGUGUGUUUAACUCCAUAUGCCUCUUUUGAAUUAUGGAUGUGAAGAAUUUAAAUACCAUUCUUAGCUGUGUUAGUGAAAGCACCAGUUGCAGAGGCCACCCAAGGCAGGCCUUGCUGUGUAAGGUCCUCAUGGGCCUCUGGCCGUCAGGAGCAAGCCAAGCAGCACUGGAAGCAGGGUGAGGCCAAUUUCCUGCCAAAAGCUAUUGCGACUCAUGAGUCAUGUCCCAUGUCUUACCUGCAGUUUUUCUCUGGCAGGUCAGAAAGGCUUGAAUUGCUUCUCCCAAACAGUAAAAGAUCUUUUCCUUUCUGCUAGGGAUUUAAAACUGAUACCGUGCUUCUCAGUAGCUUGUGAGUUUUUUAAAUCGUGAAACAUCAGGUUUGAAGCACUGUAACUUUGUUAUUUCUUGCCUUGUGAACUAGCAUCUCUAGUAUAGAAUAUGAUAUUAGCGCCUCUGUUUUUAGUGAAUUAGUUUACAAUCGUAGGUGCCCAGGCACUUGAUCUUAAAAAUGGUGCCAUAUGGGAGAACAGGCUGCUUCCUCUAAAGGGCUUGGGGCACUGAAGUGUUCCAGCCCUUUGGGCUCUUGGAAACACCAAGGCCCAAGAGACAGGCCAGUUUUGCAUCCUCAGGUGCUGUGAAAUUGGAGCAGCUUCCUUCGUGCAAGUUCUAGCUACAGCACUUUGACCUGGUGUAGCCAAUAGGAGUUCCCACUGCUUCAGGACCCAUUUAUAGAGCAUUAAAGGGUCAGGAGAAGCAUGCCUUUAAAGAACGUUUUACCAUGGUCCAGUUGGACCUCAGUUGCUAAAGCUCGUGAAAAUCCUCCUAACCCUAGUCUCCUUUCAAGAAUUCAAAUUUAUAUUCUUCUAAUGCAAUUGAAAUUACUCAAUUUUUAAGUAUGAAUGCUAUCUAAUUUAGGGCACUGCCAGGAUGGGGAGACUCGGGGUACAAAUGCAUUGAGUUCAUCUCAUUGAUAUGCAACAUUAUUCUCAAAAAGAUCAACAAAGUGGAACAGUUUAGAAUGAUGGGUUCAGAUUUAAAAAUUCCAUCGACUCUGGAUUUUGGUUUGAUUUUCAUCCAUGUUCUAGCCCAUAUUGUUAGAAAAGGAGCUUUUUAUGAAACACUCACUCCUCUGCCAUCAGUCUGCUGUUGCCUUUUU